AUGGAGAAACGGGUGAUACCAACACUGUAUAGACAUGUCCUCAAGAAAGUUGUGAUGAUUACGCGGAUGGGUGCAGGUCGCAUAGCCUUGGACCGCUAUGCUGAGUACCUUCCUACAGCCUACGUUGUUGGAGAAGGUGACGGGCUCAGUUCCAUUGCACGUAAAGUAUUUGAGGAAACACCGUUAAAGGCAUGCAAUGUAACGAAUGGCUUUCACUUUGUCAAGGACGUCACUGAUUCUGUUCUUGAUUUAGAGGUGCUUGCCCUAUGGGAUGCGUACACACGAAAGGGCGAAUGUGAGCUACUUGAAGGAAUCGCCAUAGUGAGCGCGGCCCUGCGGCUCGCAGGAGUCCCAGAAGCGAAAGGUGAUGGUGAUAUGACAACUUUAGUAAAUAACACGUUAUGUGGUUUGCAAAGUAUCGUGUCGGACAUCAGGGGGAUUCUUGAAAGCAGUGACUUUGUCUCUAAGGUGCAUCGAAGGAGAUCAUACAUGUCUUUCCUCCGUUCUGCCGUCAGCGUUUUACAGGAGCGAGGGUAUUCAGUCAGCGAGUUGGUUGUUGAAGAGUGCUCAGCCGAGUCAUUAGUUUGCAGCAAGAAAGCCUCAGCCAUAGUGAUGAAUGCAGUUCUUGUGGUUGUUCUUCGUGAGUUGGGGCUUCAGUGCACAUUGGCCGGUGUGGAGCUGCAACAACCAUGGAUACGUGUUGAAAAAAGCAACAGGGCCCCAAUCUUUUUAUCGUUUGCACGCGCUGGGGCGUAUACCGCAGAGGAGGUUAUUGGAUUUGCGCAUGAAUCACAGCGCACCCACAGGUCCCUCCACUUCACACCAUGGGGCAUGCAUUGUCGACGGCAAAUCCUUUUGGCUAUGCUCAAGAGACAACUUAUGAUGUUAUCGUCCGAUCCGAAGGUUUCAGUGGUGCGGGAAAAACAACAGCACAUGUGUCAGACGCAAAUACUAUUUCUUCUGUCAUGA